AUGGCAUUUAAGUAAAUAGUAUAAGUAACACUGUUUAUUAAAAGAAUACAUGCGGGUGUUAGAUAGAAUCCAUCAAAAAUUGAUGUAUAUGCAACAUAUGCAACAUAUGCAUGUAUAUGCCAAACUGAUAGAGAUUACAUAUACCUGAACAUGUUAUCAUUUAUCUUUUUUACCCCGAUGAUUCAGAUUGACUCAUGAUUGUAAGCAAGUAGUUACCUAUAAGAGGCAAGAGUGCCCGUUCGUCGUUAUCAGUUCGCGAAGACGUGAUAGACCAAGUGGAUUGAAAUUUUUUCUUCGCAGAAACAACAUGAAAUCGCUCGUUUUUCUUUGCUUAUUGUUUGUAACUUUCUGUGCUGCACAGAGAUUUCCUAACAACGUGUUGGAUCAAGUACUUAAAGCUAUAAAAAAUGCUAAAAACUCUGUUGAUACCGUUAUGUUAGAUCUGAGACACUCUAAAACGAAUAUCAACUUAAAAGCACAAUCUGAAAUUACCAAUUAUUAUAUCGCAGGCAAUAGUAGAAUAAAUGAGGUUCUAAAUACUCGCCUUAAUUAUAUCAAGGAAAAAUCACAAGAAGCAAAAGAGUCGGGUAAAGAUGCUGAUGAUUGUUUAAAUAUCGUUACAAAAGAUAUGAAAGCUGCCGCUCAAACAGGGUAUAGCGAAGUUAAAUCGUGUGAACAAGCAGCAAAUAAAAAAUUAGGAACAAUAUCACAAACAUUUGACAACGAGCAAGCAAAUGGACAGAAAUUAAAAAAUCAAUUAGAUCAAAUUGCUUUACAAUGCAUGAGUUCUUCUAAUCCUGAACAAAUGGCAAACUGUAUAGUCCUAAAACUAGCAAUUAUCAAUCCAGACAUUCGUCAAUACCAGCAAAGAGCUUCACUAUUAACAAAUCAAGCAAAUUCGCAGAAAAAUGCAUUACUUUUAGAACAAUCUUCUUGCAAUGCUAGAGCCAAUAAUGAAGUUCAAAGUGCAUCCACUAAAGCUAUAUAUGCUGCAGUUGAUUGCCUUAAAAACUGAAAGAAGUCAAUCUUAGCAUUAAAUUCAUUGAAUACUGAAUCACAAAUUAAAUUUGUUAAAUAUAAAAUGAAAUUUAUAUUUCUGAAUAAAUUAAAGCUUCAUUUCCAAAAUACCAUAUUGAAUUACUCAUUCUGAUACUUAUAUAGUAUCUUGUAUGUUAUGCAUUCUUUUAUGAAAAAGAAUAGUAACAUAUUUAUAUUUUGUUGACAUUUCCAAUUAUAGAAAGAUUAGAAAUUAAAAAUAUUAUAUCAUAAGAAAAUUAGAAAUUAUGACAAAAUUAAAGCAAUUAUCUUAUGUUUUCAUUAUGUAAUACUUUUGUAGUAUAUUUGUAAUGUAUUAAUAUAUGCAUAUAUAUAAAUGAA